AUGUUUCUCUUUUCUAGUGGCCCUACCGUGCAGGCCGAUGCCACCUGGUUUGCUGCUGGCCUAACAUCCACAUUCCCCGAGACGCAGGACCACGCAGCAACCCUCGCCCAACACCGCCGCUGCGAGGCCUUGGCCGCUUUCAAGCCAGGAUGCAAAGUCUUCCAUGUUCCCAGAGAAGACCCUUCGCUAGCUACCGAGGUCGACAUGACCGACACGGACUUUGAGGCGGCUGAGGCUUCGAGCGAGCUCAAGGACCAGGUGCUGGUGUUUCAGUACAGGGGAAAAUUUCAUGCUGUCGACCAUAUAUGUCCCCAUUCGUCGUAUCCUCUCUCACAGGGCACGCCUUUUGACAUUGAGGAUUUCGGCGUCGUUCUUAGCUCGGGCCUGUCGUGCCCCAAGCAUGGCUGGUCCUUUGAUCUGUUUACAGGCAAUGCAGACCGAGCAACGUAUAAGCUUACUAUCUGGGAAGUGAAUCUAAGGGCUCCAGAUGAGGGCACGCCACCUAGGAAUGUGCAGCGAGGCACAGCCGUGCCUGUCGCGGGUGAGGACAUGAUGGUUUGGGUGCGCAAGAAGCAGCGCAUUGGCUGA